AUGAGUGGCUUCAUUUCCUCGUUGUUGAUCCAAGUCGGAAUACAAGCUCCCGAACUGCCACCCCCACCAACCGUCCGCACUGAACACUCGACCGAACCAACCCAAAACGAUCACCAAUUCUCAUCUCAAUCGGACCAGAAUUGCAGACCGAAUACAAGUGGAUAUGCGGGUGCGGGAUCCCUGCAUAGUCCUCCCUUCUUCACAGUUUUGCCCAAAGAGAUGGAUACACACAGCCCGCCAAGCGCCCAAUCAGUGACCAACAGCACGCCUGGGUCUGUUCGAAAUAUGGCGACGGAGGGGCCCUCGGCGCUUGAAGGAAGCUUGCCUGUCGAAUCUACGGAUCUAUAUUCACCUUCAAACGAGGCCGUGACGCAGAAUGCGCCACACGAUACUCCUUCGGCAAUGGCAAUUGAGGACGCCCACAUAUCUGCAAAUGAUACGUUUGACCCGGAUGGACCUGCGCAGUCGUCGCUCCCCGCGGAUGAUGGAAUGGGGGUACUUCGAAGCAAGAUAAUUGCUAUCAGAGACUUGCAGCUUGCCAAUGCGGAAAAAGCACGCAUGGUGCAUGACCUAAUGAUCGAAGGCUAUAACACUUCGCGAGACCAUGCACACACAGGAGCCACACCUAUCUCAAGCCCAGUGUUACUCCCCGCGAGUCUGGCUGGAGGUUCUGAUGCCACCGGGCCUAAAAAUCCCAGCAUACCCUACGAGAAUGUAUCACAUCUCACGUCUGAGGAUGUGCAACCUACAUAUGUUCCAAAGGUUGAACCAGAGAUAGACGACCCCACGGCGAUCGAAACAAUUGACGGUGAUAUGGACACGGAAGAGCUAGCAGAUGCCACGCUGGGUUGUGUGCACUACCAUCGCAAUGUGAAGCUCGAGUGUCAUACCUGCAAGAAAUGGUAUACCUGCCGGUUCUGUCAUGACGAGGUUGAAGAUCAUGCUCUCAUUCGCCGAGACACGGAAAACAUGCUAUGUAUGCUAUGUGGACAUGCCCAGCCGGCGGGGCAGUUUUGCAGACAGUGCGACGAGCAAACAGCACAGUAUUAUUGUGACAUAUGCAAACUCUGGGACAAUGACAGCAAAAAAAGCAUAUAUCAUUGUGAUGAUUGCGGCAUCUGUCGAAUUGGCCAAGGCCUUGGGAAGGACUUCUUCCAUUGCCAGACAUGCUCUGUUUGUCUCCCGAUGUCUAUUGAGAACACCCAUCGUUGCAUUGAGCGCUCCACUCAGUGUGAUUGCCCCAUAUGUGGCGAUUACAUGUUCACCUCCCCCGAGACUGUGGUUGUCAUGCGAUGCGGUCACAGCAUUCACUCUAAAUGCUUGACAGAGUAUUCCCGGAACUCUUUUCGCUGUCCUAUCUGCAGCAAGACGAUCACAAAUAUGGAAUCCACAUUCCGAAACUUGGAUCGGACGAUUGAGAGCCAACCGAUGCCUGAAGAGUUCAAGGAUACAAAAGGCCUUGUAUACUGUAAUGACUGUGGUGUGAAAUCAGUCGUCAAGUAUCAUUGGCUGGGUUUGAAGUGUGACCUAUGUGAAUCAUAUAACACGGCCCAACUUCGAAUCUUACAUGGCGACAUGUCAGCACAGUCUGAAGUUGGUCCAGACACACAUUCCCGGGCUCGUUCAUCGUCCCUUAUUGAAAACGACGAGUCAAUUUCGUCUUCAUUUGCAGAACUGGGCGUAAACAGCACUUCCAUCCCCCCUUCACGACUCAGUAUUCCCAAUGCCGCAGAGCGUCGGCCAUCCACGUCUUACAACAUCACACGAGGUCGCGCCAUAUCACCGGUCGUCAGCAACUACUUUGGGCUACCCACUGAGCGUGAAUCCGAAAAACCUUCCUCGGUGCCGUUCUUCGGGAGUCCAUCUCGCGGGGUAACCGAGUCCGAUUUUGGCGCAUUCAACUUCUUGAGCAAAAAGCUUACAUAUCCUUACGGACUAUUUGGUGGCGAGACUAAAUCGGCGGAUCCCAUCCCCGAGGCUGGAAAUGAUGAUGAUGAUGAUGACGACGACGACGAUGAUGACGAAGAAGAAUAUUCAGACUCAGUGGAAUCUUUCGACUCGGUUGGUUCUCAUGGCAAUGAAGACGACGGAGAGGAUGAUGACCACCUCGACAUAUUUGGUCACCGAUGA